AUGCGCAUCCGCUUCGACGACGCCAUGAGCGAAUCCAAUGCCUUGAUCCUCCAGGAAUGGAAGGCCAUGGGCACUGCCCGUCGCCUGCAAGAGAACAACGACCAGCUUCUCGAACUGCUGCUCGACUUCAACGAGCAACCGCGCGUCAAUCCACGCAUGCGCUACGACCUGCGCCAACUGUCGGCCGCAGACACAGCUGUUCCCAGCUCAGAAGCCGCGCCAGACAGAGAAAGUGUCAAAGCGCAGUUGCAGAUGCUCAGCGAAGACGUGGCGGCAGGGCGCAUCUCAGCCCAAGACUACACCCUCAAGGCAGAUCACCUCCACCGCUCACAAGCACUACAACAAACCCUCGCCUCCCUCGCCUCCCUCGAGGCCACUGUCCCACACACCACCCGCGCCGACCUCCCCGAACACCCCAUCGACGGCAUCGACCUGACCGCCCAUGCCCCAGGCUACAUGUCCCCCACCCAUGAAGAAGAAUAUCUCCUCGCCACCGACACCGUUCUCAACGAACCCGGCUUCGACCCGAGCCUCCAAAACGGCCGCCCCAUGCGCCUCUCCAGCGCCCACCCUCCCCUCGGCGAAAAAGACCUCACCAUCAGAAACCCAGAUAGCGUCUACAACUGGCUCCGCAAACACCAACCCCAAGUCUUCCUGCAAGACAAAGACGCCGUCGCCCACGCCGAAAACCUGUCGGACAAAAGCGCGCCCAAAGCCGGCGCGACCGCUACAGGCAACUCCGCCGCCGCCGCUGCCGCCUCCAGCACUAGCAAGAAAAGCAAACGCGAAUCCGCCGCCGCUGCUCAUGCACUCGGUACCCCUGGCCCACGCGACCCCGCCGACGAUGACGACUCGACCGCCCACGAAACCGCAAAGACGAGGCGGAAACCGGCUGGCGCCAAUGCAGACGACGACUCGACCUAUCGUCCCAAGGGCGGCUCCAGUCGCCCGUCGAAACGGAAGCGCGAGGAUGGCGAUACGCCCAGCGGGAAGGGGAAAAAGAAGAGUCGCGCCAGUGUGGCGGCGAGUACGGCGGUGGGCGGGAGUGCGGCUGGGUAG